UUUAUUGUCUUUUACAUCAAACAUCCCUCCUUACACAGUUCGUCUGUAAUGUUGACAGUUCCACACCGACAACUCUAGGACUAUGAAGCGUGGAGCAGUUGUGAUAUUGGCCAUACUGGGAGUUAGUUCAGCUCUCUCCCCUUCUACAUAUUUGACACCAGGAGACAAGGAGAGGCUCAAACUUGUCCUUGACCCAGCAUGGUCACUAUCAGAUCUAGCCCAAGUACUUUACGCUUCGGCUGGUUACCAGCACUUGGGUCAGCAAAUUCCUGAUUCUCAGGGAGUAUGUAAGUUUGUGAAGAGCUCAGCUGGAGAUGGAGCAAAUGUCGAGACACUGUUCUUGGCGUCUUCAGCGGGGAAAGCACUGGGAUGUCCCAUAACUGCUACUGCAGCUUCAAAGCAAGCUGUUGGGGAGGCCAUAAGAGAAGGGGCUUCACCUCAAGAACUGUUCCAUGCAGUAACUGCUGCUACAAACCUUGGCAUGGAUGUAGACACUGCUAAGGUUUUACGCGCAACACAGAUGGCCCUCAAGAAGGAUGACAGUGUCCUUAGCCUUGGAUAUGCCUUCCACGUUGGGGCACAGUUGAAGGGAGAAGUCAGCAGCAUUUUUGAAAGGAUUGAAGAUGCCAUUGUUCAAGCAGAUGAAGUAGAUGGUCGGAUGCUACAGUUUGAAGGCGGCCUCUCGAUAACAGCAUUAGUGUUGAGUGGAGCAUAUAAGCUUGCUGAAACUUCAAACAAAGCACCGCCAAUAAAACCUGAACAGGCUGUUAAAUUUGCCAACUAUUUAAUGUCAAGAAAGUCUGUUCAAGUUGGGAAAGGUGUAUAUUAUUUAUUGGAGGCAGUUUCAAUGUUUACUACUAACAGGUUCCAUGUGCCAGUAGCCAUCACCCUUGCUAGUAAUGUUGCAGUCAGUGCUGAAGCUCCUAGCAUUCAAGUGAGAGUAACAGAUCUAAUGGGAAGAAGUCUAGGGCCUUUGAAAGUGACUGCAGAUUCAGCCACACGCGAGUCAGAUGAAGUAGUCAUAAUUUCCAAGGAAGUUUUAACACCUCUUACUGAUUCAGAGGGUGUAUUUGAGUUAGACGUAAUGUCACGACAACCAGAACGAGGAUUUUACCAGCUGGUUGUCAGUGCUGGUGCAUCAGACUCUAGACUUGUUGGCCAUACAGCUGCGCAGCUUACCUUUAAAGUUCUCACUGCCAUCAACAUUGAAAAUGUUGAAUUUGGUACUGCGGAUGCAGAUCAAUCUACUGCUCCCAGCCUUCAGAAAGUACAGUAUCCCACUACACUUUCUGAACCAGUUGUAGCAGACCAGCAUCAGCGCGUCUUGCUGCGAUUCCUUGUUAGGGAUACUGCUUCUGGGCGGCCUACAGAGGUACACCAAGCCUUUGUAAAGAUUACCCAUAAGGUUUCCAAGAGGGAGAUCAUUUUUGUUGCCGAAACCGAUUCCAAUGACGUGUACAAAUUUGAUAUGGACGUCAGCAACAGCGUGAAGGAGUUUGCUGGUGUCAGCGGUGUUUAUACGGUUUCUGUGAUCAUUGGGGACGCAGCAAUUAGCAACCCUGUAAUGUGGGACAUUGGUGAGCUCUCCCUGAGUUUUCCUGAAGGUGGUGUGGGUACCCCAGCACAAGACUACAUGUAUAAGGCGCGCCCAGAAAUAAAGCACUUGUUCCGGACACCUGAUCCUCGACCUUCUAGUUUGGUAUCUACAACAUUUACAGUCCUGUGCAUCCUUCCUUUAUUGUUACUCUUUGCAAUGUGGGCCAAACUAGGUGUCAACAUUUCCAAUUUCCCCAUCUCCUUCACAGCUGUUAUGUUUCAUGUUGGACUCGGAGGAAUUAUGGGAUUAUUCUGCCUUUUCUGGCUUCAGAUGGAUAUGUUCACAACUCUUCGGUAUUUAUUCAUGAUUGGUAUAGUUACUUUCUUCUGUGGAAAUUCAAUGCUUUCAUCCAUUGCGACGAAAAGGAAAGAGCAAGAGGUGAAGAUGGUGUAUGGGCCCUAUUACAACAAAAGUUACAGAUUUUCUCAACAGCAGAACUAAUUUCGACCAUAACCUCUGGUGUAAGGACAGAGUAAGCUAGUUACCAGUGUGCAUCUCGCAAGAGCAGCAAGGCAUAUUACAGCAGCAUCUUCUAUCAACUCAUGCAGUUCACAAUUUGCUGUCUUCUCACUACAGCAGCUGUUUGUUUUUCAAUUCACUUGUAUGAUAUCAAGUGGUUUCAUUAUCAAAGAGACUACUUAACACUUUCUUCUGUUUCAUUUAGUCUGAAGGGGCUUUUUCAUCCAUUUUGUUUUGUGUCUGAAGGGAUUUUGCCAUAAGUGAAAUCUUGUACUUCAAACGUGGUAGUUUUUGAGUGAUCACAGCAGUACUAGGGAUAUAAAAGUUAUAAACUCUACAUGACAGAUUUAAUAGUUGACACAAGGUUGAAUGUGAUGUGCGUGUGUUAUAUAAUGUUUGUGUAAACCUUUGUCUUGAAAGGUUAUAUGGUUAUAAAACGAAUAAAAGAAGUACUUCUAUA